GGAUGAGGCCUCGCCCUCGCCUCUUUAGUAGGUCGGGUGAGUGUAGUGUGCAGGGAAGAGACGUGUCAGCGUCAGCGCCAGGGCCAGGCCCGCCCGGGGGCAGCCGGGCAGCCGGAUCUUGGGCUACUGUGUCCCAACAGCCGGAGCGGAUCAGACCGACAGGCCCUGCCCGCUCGGUCCCGCGCCGUCCAGACCCUACGGUCUCCGUUUCUAGGGGCACAUGGUUAGCGGCAGACGCCCACAGCCAAUCCACUCUGCCAGCCUGCCCCUUCCUCUGCCAAGAGCAGCUUCUUCAGCCGCGCUACAGUUCCGCAGACGCCUGCCCCACCCUGCCCUUCCCUUCCAGGGAAGACGGAUCACGCGGCCAAGAACGAGACUCGCAAACUGGGCAUUUCUCGAGCCGGGCUGGAGCAAGUAGCGAGACUCCUUGUGAGAGUGGGAAGGAGCCUUAACAGGCAACCAUGUGGCCCAAUGGGUUUUCUGUGCCUUUGGGUGCGGACCAAUGAGGCAUGUGGGGCGGGACUUCCGCUUCGCCUCGGUGUUGUCGUCCCUGCUCCUACUCCGGGCUGUGGGGGUCGGUGCGGAUAUUCAGUCAUGAAGUCAGGGUAGGGACUUCUCCCGCAGCUACGCGGCCGGCCGGCGAGACUGUUUGUGUUGCGGGGGCUGGACUUCAAGAGAGAAAGAGAGAGUGGGCAGACAUAGAAGCCAAACAGUAGUAUCCCGGAAGCACUCAUGCAACUUUGGUGGCAGCCACUCAGUUUUCUCUGCCGGUGUCUGGUGAUUUUACGACGAGAUGCUGCUCUCAAUAGGGAUGCUCAUGCUGUCAGCCACACAAGUCUACACCAUCUUGACCGUUCAGCUCUUUGCGUUCUUAAACCUACUGCCUGUAGAAGCAGACAUUUUAGCAUAUAACUUUGAAAAUGCAUCUCAGACAUUUGAUGACCUCCCUGCAAGAUUUGGUUAUAGACUUCCAGCUGAAGGUUUAAAGGGUUUUUUGAUUAACUCAAAACCAGAGAAUGCCUGUGAACCCAUAGUGCCUCCACCAGUAAAAGACAAUUCAUCUGGCGCUUUCAUCGUGCUAAUUAGAAGACUUGAUUGUAAUUUCGAUAUAAAGGUUUUAAAUGCACAGAGAGCAGGAUACAAGGCAGCCAUAGUUCACAAUGUUGAUUCUGAUGACCUCAUUAGCAUGGGAUCCAACGACAUUGAGGUACUAAAGAAAAUUGACAUUCCAUCUGUCUUUAUUGGUGAAUCAUCAGCUAAUUCUCUGAAAGAUGAAUUCACAUAUGAAAAAGGGGGCCACCUUAUCUUAGUUCCAGAAUUUAGUCUUCCUUUGGAAUACUACCUAAUUCCCUUCCUUAUCAUAGUGGGCAUCUGUCUCAUCUUAAUAGUCAUUUUCAUGAUCACAAAAUUUGUCCAGGAUAGACAUAGAGCUAGAAGAAACAGACUUCGUAAAGAUCAACUUAAGAAACUUCCUGUACAUAAAUUCAAGAAAGGAGAUGAGUAUGAUGUAUGUGCCAUUUGUUUGGAUGAGUAUGAAGAUGGAGACAAACUCAGAAUCCUUCCCUGUUCCCAUGCUUAUCACUGCAAGUGUGUAGACCCUUGGCUAACUAAAACCAAAAAAACCUGUCCAGUGUGCAAGCAAAAAGUUGUUCCUUCUCAAGGUGACUCAGACUCUGACACAGAUAGUAGUCAAGAAGAAAAUGAAGUGACAGAACAUACCCCUUUACUUAGACCUUUAGCUUCUGUCAGUGCCCAGUCAUUUGGGGCUUUGUCGGAAUCCCGCUCACAUCAGAACAUGACAGAAUCUUCAGACUAUGAGGAAGAUGACAAUGAAGAUACCGACAGUAGUGAUGCAGAAAAUGAAAUUAAUGAACAUGAUGUCGUGGUCCAGCUGCAGCCUAAUGGUGAACGGGAUUACAACAUAGCAAAUACUGUUUGACUUUCAGAAGAUGGUUUAUUUCCCUUUAAAAUGUUUAGGUAAUAUACUGUAAUUUGAUUUUUUGCUCCCUUCAAAGAUUUCUGUAGAAAUAACUUAUUUUUAGUAUUCUACAGUUUAAUCAAAUUACUGAAACAGGACUUUUGAUCUGGUAUUUAUCUGCAAGAGUGUACUUCAUUCACUAAUAAUAGACUGGUGCUGUAACUCAAGCAUCAAUUCAGCUCUUCUUUUGGAAUUAAAGUAUAGCCAAAACAUUAAAAAAAAAAAAAAAUCCUCAGUAUAGCUUGCAAUUAAGACCUAGAUCACAGUAUUUAAAUGUUUUGUGUUUUAUACAUGAGGUCAGUGCGACAGCCACCUAGCAUGAACUAACCCAGCUUCCACCUCCAUAAAGUUACCUAGAGUUGUUGAGUUGGAGUAUGUUCUGGCAUUUACCUGACCUGCCAAUCAUUAGGGAGAGGCAACAAGGUAACUCAGCCUUUCCUCCUCCUAUCAGCACAAAGAAACUCAAAGCUGUAUUCAUCCCUUUCUGUUCCAAAGCAGUCUUAUCCUGACAGAAGCGGUCGGUCUAUACUAGUGCAGAUUUCAACACUUUUUUUUUUUAAAUGUUUUAAUUACUAUAGUGUUAUGUAGAGAUUUGAUUCAGCAGCUAAUGUUUCUGAACUUUACUUAUUAAUUUUCAGUGUCCUUAAGGGUUUUGUGGUGUUAUCAAAGCAAAAAGAAAAUGCUGCAUAAAAAUACCAAACUUCAGCAACUGUUAAUACUCAGAUCAUAUACCUCUUAAUAAAUAGCAUCUUAUGCUAAUUAGCCCUGCUAAACUAUGUACAGAGGAAAUUGUUCAAGUAUUGGAUUUGAAAGUAAGUGACUUAUGUUUAACAGAACUAAUGAUGUAUUGAAACACUGUAUUAUGAAAAGCUAAAUUAUAUACAUCAUUGUAACUAUGUAGAAAAUGUAGACUAAUGUAUAAUCAAAAUGCUAAGGAUUUUUAUAUGGCCUUGUAUGAGGGGAGUUUGAAUGUUAAUAAACAUGUUUUCCACUUUAAGAUCCA